AUGGUCGGGCAGUGUGGUAACCAGGUUGCGAGCGAAUUCUGGCGACAACUGUGCUUGGAGCACGGCAUUGGGCUAGAUGGCAACCUGCAGGACUUCGCGACGCAGGGCGACGAUCGCAAGGACGUGUUCUUUUAUCAGGCGGACGACCAACACUACAUCCCGCGCUCCGUUUUACUCGACCUAGAGCCGCGCGUGGUGAGGAGCAUCCAGGCGGGCGAGUUCCGCGCGCUCUUCAACGCGGAGAACGUGUACGUGGCGGAGCACGGGGGGGGCGCGGGGAACAACUGGGCGAGCGGGUUCGACCAGGCGCGCGCGCAGCAGGAGGCGAUCAUGGAGAUGAUUGACAGAGAAGCGGAGGGCAGCGAGAAUCUGGAGGCCUUCUAUCUUUGCCACUCCGUGGCUGGAGGCACGGGGUCAGGCAUGGGGUCAUAUCUCCUGGAGGAGCUGCACGAUCGCUACCCCAAAAAGCUUGUUCAGACGUACAGUGUCUUCCCGAACCAAUCAGAAACAUCUGACGUGGUGGUCCAGCCGUACAACUCGCUGCUGACCCUCCGCCGGCUGACUCAGCACGCUGACAGCGUGGUUGUCCUCGACAACACAGCGCUGGAUAGGAUCGCGGCGGAGAGACUGCGGCUGCACCAGCCGACGUUUGCCGAGACCAACUCGCUGGUGGCGAUGGUCAUGGCUGCGAGUACCAACACGAUUCGGUACCCGGGGUUCAUGAGCAAUGACCUGGCUUCCAUGGUGUCUUCGCUCGUGCCCACGCCGCUGUGUCACUUUCUGGUUUCCAGCUACACGCCUCUCACUGUGCAGCGGCAGGAGAACAUGAUUCGCAAGACAUCAGUCUUUGAUGUCAUGAGGCGACUGCUGCAGCCACAGAACUGGAUGGUGUCGUCUCACUACGGCCGAGCGCGGGAUGUCAGUGCCGCCCGGUACAUGGCGAUUCUGAACGUCAUCCAGGGGGAGGUGGAUCCGGGGGAGGUGAACAAGAGCAUGCAGCGCAUUCGAGAGAAGCAGGCGGCUUCCUUCAUUGAAUGGGGGCCUGCGAAUAUACAGGUGGCCCUCUCUCGCAAGUCGCCCUACGUGCAGACGGGGCACAAAGUGAGCGGGCUGAUGCUGGCCAACCACACGGGCAUGAGGCACCUGUUUGGGCGCUGUGUGAAGCAGUAUGAGAACAUGCGCCGCAAGUCCGCUUUCCUUGAGCCCUACAAGCAGUUCUCCAUGUUCUCCGACAACUUGGUGGAGUUUGACGAAUCACACGAGGUUGUGCGGUCAAUGAUUGAUGAGUACCGCAUGUGCGAGUCAUCGGAUCCACUUGCGUACGAGUUUGACGGCGCGGCAGGGGCUGGGCCGAAUGCCCGAGUGCGAUGCCGUCGCCGUGUUGUUCGUCCGUCGCCUGCCUUGCGUUGCGUUGCGUUGCGUCGUCUCGUCUGUCCCCCCUUGGGACUGCGACUGGCGAUGGUCCGCUUCCCGUUCGAGUUAGAUGGAGGAUGGGUACUGCAUCAGCGUACAGGACGGCUAGAGGAUGCUUAUACCUUAGGGAAGGAGCUGGGUCGUGGACAUUUCGGGAUCGUCAAGCUUUGCAGAAAACUUUCCGGAGGCGGACAAUACGCAUGCAAGUCGAUUGACAAGUCUAAACUCUCGCACUGGGAGGAUAAGGAAGAUGUUCGCAGAGAAAUCGAGAUUAUGCGGAGACUAUCCGGGAACCCGUACACGCUGAACCUGGAAGACGUUUUCGAGGACGAUAGAUUCGUUCACCUAAUUAUGGAGCUCUGCGAGGGUGGUGAUUUAUUCGACGACAUCAGCAGCCAUGGCUUCAUGACAGAAGCGCAAGCAGCAGCAGUCUUCGAGGAGAUUGUGCUUGCCGUUAUGCACUGCCAUGAGCACGGCGUUCUACACCGCGACUUAAAACCGGAAAAUAUCCUUCUUGUACAGAGAUCAGGCGUUAGGGAGCAAGCGGGAACAGAUGACUGCAGGUCUCCCACGAAAUGCUUUUCGUUGACUCCGAGGGUCAAGCUUACUGAUUUCGGGCUUUCUCUCUUCGUCGACGCUCACAAGCAGGUUUACGGUGUCGCCGGAAGCCCGUUCUACCUUGCUCCAGAAGUUCUUUCCGGAAAUUACGGCCACGAAGCAGAUAUCUGGUCUUUGGGUGUCAUGCUGUACAUGCUUCUCUCAGGUUCAGCUCCGUUUUUCGGGGAAUCGGAGGACGAGGUCCUCGCAGCCGUCAAGCGGGGAAAGUUUUCGUUUUACCGACCGAUCUGGGGCUCUAUUUCGCCGUUCGCGAAAGACCUUAUUCGGUGCCUGCUUCGUCAGGAUCCGACAAAGAGACCGACUGCCAGCGAUAUACUCCAGCAUCCGUGGUUCACUGAGGUGUUCCGAUCACAGCAGCAGCAACAACAGCAGCAACAGCAGCAGCAGCAGCAGAUGCAGCAGCAGCAGCCAGCGCAGGAGCUGCAGAACGCGCGGUCCGAACAGGUGGUAGAUAGCUUAGAUAGCGUUACAUCGAUCGACAACGCAAGCCAAUCCAUGUGUACAGGCAUCGUCCACUCUUCCCCUAGUCCCGCCAUGCAAUCGCACUCGCAUCUUCCCAGCUCGCCCGUCUCUCAUCUCCAAUGUUCAGCCGAGUUCAGCCCCGUGGUUUCCAGGAAACUACCCCACGCUUCCCCGCAAACCCCGCCGAGGUUGGAGCUUGAGACCCAUACCAGCUUGCUGUGUGCGAGCUCACGGCUAAGCCUCGCAUCGUCUCUCGCCUCCUCGUCGGUUGAAGAAGGGUCGGUAGAAGCAGACGGAGCUAGAUCGGAGCAGACUGAAGGCUCGGAAUCGGUCGAAGAGGAAGAAACAGCAGCAGCAGCGGCGGAUGUGCAAGGGGAGUCAUUGAACGUGGCUCCUUCCUUGUGGGGUUUGUUUGGAGGCUACAGCUCGAUGGUUAAACCGGAGGAGAUCGAUGCUACAGAUUUAGUAGCUUCUGAAGGAUCGUUGGCGCAAACGCCGCAGCUGCUCUCCUGCAGCGUGUGGGGUCGGAGUCAGACCACCGACGCUGUCGAAAUCGACUGGGUGUUCGGCUUCUGA